CACCUGUGUCACACAUGUCAAUAAAACCAAAGCUGCGCCGCCAGACUCCCACUCAGCUGCACUCAGACACUCACCUGCACAGAGAUGGACGACGAUGAUGUGAGUGCCCUGGUGGUGGACAAUGGCUCCGGCAUGUGCAAGGCCGGUUUUGCCGGAGACGACGCCCCCCGCGCAGUCUUCCCCUCCAUUGUGGGCCGCCCCAGGCAUCAGGGUGUGAUGGUGGGCAUGGGCCAGAAGGACUCGUACGUGGGCGACGAGGCUCAGAGCAAGAGAGGCAUCCUGUCCCUCAAGUACCCCAUCGAGCACGGCAUCGUCACCAACUGGGACGACAUGGAGAAGAUCUGGCAUCACACCUUCUACAACGAGCUGCGCGUGGCCCCCGAGGAACACCCAGUCCUGCUGACCGAGGCGCCGCUCAACCCCAAGGCCAACCGGGAGAAGAUGACGCAGAUCAUGUUCGAGACCUUCAACACGCCCGCCAUGUACGUGGCCAUCCAGGCCGUCCUCUCGCUGUACGCGUCCGGCCGCACCACAGGCAUCGUGAUGGACUCCGGCGAUGGCGUUAGCCACACGGUGCCCAUCUACGAGGGCUACGCUCUUCCCCACGCCAUCCUGCGUCUGGACCUGGCGGGCAGAGACCUGACGGACUACAUGAUGAAGAUCCUGACCGAGCGCGGCUACAGCUUCACCACCACCGCCGAGCGUGAGAUCGUGCGCGACAUCAAGGAGAAGCUGAGCUACGUGGCGCUGGACUUCGAGCAGGAGAUGCAGACGGCGGCGUCGUCGUCCUCGCUGGAGAAGAGCUACGAGCUUCCUGACGGCCAGGUCAUCACCAUCGGCAACGAGCGCUUCCGAUGUCCCGAGGCCAUUUUCCAGCCCUCCUUCCUCGGCAGGGAGUCUGUGGGCGUGCACGAGACCACCUACAACAGCAUCAUGAAGUGUGACGUGGACAUCCGCAAGGACCUCUACGCCAACACCGUGCUGUCGGGCGGCACCACCAUGUUCCCCGGCAUCGCUGACAGGAUGCAGAAGGAGAUCACCUCCUUGGCCCCGCCCACCAUGAAGAUCAAGAUCAUCGCCCCCCCGGAGAGGAAGUACUCAGUGUGGAUCGGAGGCUCCAUCCUGGCCUCGCUGUCCACCUUCCAGCAGAUGUGGAUCAGCAAGGAAGAGUAUGACGAGUCGGGCCCCUCCAUCGUCCACCGCAAGUGCUUCUAGAACCAUCCUCUGCUAGCAUUAACACACUUAGCGCCCUGUGCUGGUCAAAACAAGAACAUGUAUUUUCACUUUUUUACAAUCUGCUGCAAUAAAUGUUUAUAUAAAUACUUUGUAACGGCAGAAGUAGACAAAUGUCUUUCUACCGCCAUACAUUUGAAUAAAGCAUCAAUACUGCACAAUACUCAUUUUCUUGGCUAGUUACACCAAGAUCAUACUUUCACACAACUUACUUCAACAAUUAGGUCCAAUUAUGACGGAAAUAAAGUUAAUAUGACACAAAGUCAACAGGAAGUCCCGCCUCACCUGAACCGGAAGUGUCUUUAUAAAUGAAAUGUAUACUAUCAUUUGUUACAUUAAGAUGAUAUUUACAUGAAUUAAACAGUUAAGUCCAAAUAUAGUCAAUAUGACACAAACCUCCACAGGAAGUCCC